UUCCUGUUGCUGCUGUCACCUGAGUCAGGGCUAUCGGGGCUGAUGUGAGCGGAGCUUCCUCGUAUUGGGCAGAUUCUGAAUUUCAUCGCAAACUCCGCCUGAUCUUAAAGUGAUUCAUGUUGAAGGGAGAGCGACAUCUGCAGCGUCUUUAUUCAAAACAAGAAGAGAAGGCCAAGGGACGAUUAUGUCAGAAACUAACAAAGAAUUGGUGGAUUUAGUCUGGGGUCGGAGGAACAGCAAAGGUUUGGUGGACAGCAUCUUCAGCAGAUGGACACAAGGAUUUGUCUUCAGUGACUCGGAGUCGACUGCAUUAGAGCAGUUUGAAGGUGGCCCGUGUGCCGUUAUUGCACCAGUGCAGGCGUUUCUGCUGAAGAAUCUUUUGUUCAUUUUCGAGAAACCAAACUGGAGAAAUUGCCACGAGGAUGAGCAGAAGGAGGUCUUGUGCCAAACGCUGUGCGAUAUUAUGGAAAUGUCUAGCUUUAAUCAUUCCAACACGUACGUCUUGGCAACCUGGCUGAAAGGGAAGACCGCUCCGGAAGCAGAAGUGGAACUCCCUGCCGAAUCGAGCCAACGCGAAGAACAGCCGACUGCCUUGGCUGCAGAGGAGCUUGGCUUUGAGCGAUUUCAUGCAUUAAUUCAAAAGAGAACUUUACGAAGUGUUAGUGAACUUAAAGGAGCCAUUUGGGAUGAAUAUUCAACGUGGAGAAACAAGUUUGGAGUCCUGCUGUUCCUCUACUCUGUCAUUCUCACGAAGGGAAUUGAAAAUAUAAAAAAUGAAAUAGAAGACUCAGAAGAGCCUUUGAUAGACCCUGUUUAUGGUCAUGGCAGUCAGAGUUUAAUCAACUUGCUGCUAACUGGACAUGCUAUUUCAAAUGUAUGGGACGGAGACCGAGAGUGCUCUGGGAUGAAACUUCUUGGCAUCCAUAGCCAGGGAACAGUGGGUUUCCUGACAUUAAUGGAAUCGCUACGGUACUGUAAGGUUGGCUGCUACUUGAAGUCUCCAAAGUUCCCUAUCUGGGUGAUCGGGAGUGAAACUCACCUAACUGUGUUUUUUACCAAGGAGAUGACCCUGGUUGCCCCUGAAUCUCCUUCUGAACAAGCAAAAAGAAUUUUCCAAACGUACGACCCAGAAGACAAUGGCUUCAUCCCUGAUGCGCUAUUAGAAGAUGUCAUGAAAGCUCUGGACCUUGUAUCAGAACCAGAGUAUGUAAACCUCAUGAAGACAAAAUUAGACCCAGAAGGACUGGGGAUCAUAUUACUGGGCCCGUUUCUGCAGGAAUUUUUCUCUGAACAGGGUUCAAAAGUUCCGGAAUCAUUUAGUGUGUUUCACUACAAUGGAUUAAAGCAGUCCAAUCGUAAUGAGAAGGUCACUUAUACUGAAGGAACAGCCGUCAUGGGUUUUGAAGAUCCGAGAUUACAGUCGGAUGAUACGCCUAUCAAAAGCUGUCUACAAACCAAAUGGCCAUUUGUAGAGUUGCUCUGGUCUACGGAUAAACCUCCCUCAUUAAACUAAGUUCAUCGUUUUCUACUCCGCUCCCAUGGUUACAUAUUGAACUAUAAAGAACUUUUAAUAUUUACUGGAAACUUUCUAUGCUCGUAUUGGGGUAAAAAGAGUAUUAAUUGAGAUGAUUUAAAAUCAUAUUAUAUUCACAGUGCAGACAUUGGUUUUAGUAAAUGUAAUCUUUAAGGUGAUGAUCAGCCAGUAUCUACAAAGACAAAGUGCAGUUUAAAAUACGUAUUUCAUAAAGGAUCUCAUAAGGUUUGAUAUUUAUAUCUGUGCAUGACACAUAAUGUCAAGGUAUUUUUCUCCUUGUUGAGAAAAAACCUUUUUUUUUUUUUUUUAAUAAUCUGAACGAUUACUCAUUUUUUUUGGAACACGAAAAGAGAGACCCCCCCCCUUGAAUGUUUAAUGUAUAAGUGUAUACAGACCAAAUGUGAAAAGCUUAUCUUUCCCUUUAAAUCUUACCUCUGAUAUCAUCUCAGAUUUUAAGUGCACCUGGUUAACCAAAAUUUAGUUUUUUCUUUUCCUCCCCGAAAAUAAUUUCAUUAUGAACACAUGAGCUGCCAAAUAUAACGACAACUUGCACUUUGAGAACGAGGAUAAUUUUUGAUUUAAAUGUCAAAUGUGUUCUUUUCAACUGCUAAAUUUUACAGUGUCUUAAGGGAUCUGGCAUACGAGAUUACGUAUUGCAGAGGGAUUUUUUUUUCUGCUAUUGUAUGGUUUUUUAAAGUGUUCUCAUACAUAUUGCCAACUACCUUUUCUCCGGCUUCUUCUCAGCCUGCAGCUUAAGCUAGUAUAUUGUAAUGUUUAUAACUGUGUGAAGCGCAUGAGAAACAUCUGUUACUAUACAGACCAUUAUUUAUUAUGAUUGAGUUGCUAACCUUAAAUAAACAAACUUUAUUCUCAA